GCGCGGCGGGCCGGCUGCGCGCGCCCGCGGGCCGUGGAGCCGGUGCUGCUGCUGGCCACGCUGGCCAUGGGCUUACAGGGUCCGCUUUGCACCCAGUACCUGUGGGAGCGCCUCGGCGCCGGGAAUGGCAGCGCCGCCCGGCAGGGAGGAGGAUGCGCCAACGGGAGCGGCUCCGCCAAGCAGGAGGAGGUGCGUCGCCCUUCCAGGCGCAGGCCGGGCCCCGGGGGGCUCUCCGGGCCCCUUCAGGGCCAGGGACCCCGGUGGGUGCCCGGCGGCAACGGGCAGCCUCUUCCCGGGAGCUGGGGCUUGGCCGGGGUAGACCGCGCCUGAACGGGGAAGCUCACCGGACAGGCAGGCUCUCUGCAGCCGGGAAGGUGCCUUAGAGCCAGGCACCUUCUUGCUCCAUCAGGAUCAGGACUGCUUGCACAGACUGGCAGCAGCUCUCCUCUGGGUUUCAGGCUGGGGGUCCUGUUGUUGCUGCUGCUGCGUUUAUUUCUCUCCCACCUUUUGCUCCAGGUUGGGACUCGAGGUGGGACUACAGAGAAAAACAAACGCAGAAACACAGAUAAAAUAGGGAAAAGCCAUUAAAAAGUUUUUAAAUAGGAAUUGAAUAGAAACCACAUAUUUAAAAGAAAAUGAAGAAGAAUGUUUGUGUGUAUAAAAGAUAAUAGGGGGUCUGUGGCUUUUUUUGUUCUUACUUUUAUUAUGUAUUUCAUGUUUUUAUCUUGGAUUUUAAUGCUGGGAACCAACCUGAGAUCUAUGAAUGAAGAGCGGUAUACAAAUUUUAAAAACAACAACAACAAUAAUAGCAGCAUCAGCCUUUAUGGCAUACCUAAGAGACUGCAGACGUAUAGACCAAGUCAGACCUCUGGACUCCCAGCUCAGUAUUGCCUACACUGACUGGCAGCAGCUCUGCGGGGUUUCAGACAGGGGACAUUCCCAGUUCUAAGUUAUUUAUUUAUGAUAGAUAUUUAUAUACUGCUGUAUCGUAAAAAUAUAUCACAGCGGUUUGCAACAAUGUAAAAACAUAAAACCGUACAAUAAAAUAGUAAAAAAAUGAAACUGAGUUAAAAGCAAACAAAGAAUUAAAGCAAACACCAGCCAACCCUUGUAUUCUUCAUGGCCUGCCUUGACCAGGCGGAAUAGAAAAGUUUUUAGUAGGUGCCCGCUGCAUCUCCAGUGGCAGGGAGUUCCACAGGACUGGGUCCAUGACCCUAGAGGCUUGGUUUUUCAUUGUUGUCAAGUGAGCCGCACCACGGGUGAUCUCAGUGAGCAAGCUGGGAUAGAAGGGUUCAGGCGACCCCUUAGGGAUUGUAGACACAAGUCGCUCAGGGCUUUGUACAUUAACGCAAGACCCUCAAACGCAGCUCGGCAGCAGGUGGGCAUCCUUUGUUCCUGGCCAGCAGCUCCCGCCAGCAAUCUAGCCGCGCCAGCUGUAGCUUCCGAACCAGGCCCAAGGGCAGCCCCACGAAGAGCGCCUUGCAGUAGUCCAGCUCCCUCCUCCUGCCUCACAGCCCUCCGCCUUCCUCUCUCUCUCAGGAGCUGGAGACCCUGGUGGCCCACUGGAACCUCUACCUCAACCUGGCCGGCUUCCUGGUGGGCCUCUUCUCCGUCACGCUGCUCGGCCCCUGGAGCGACUCCGCGGGGCGCCGCCCGGCCCUCGUCCUCGCCUCUCUGGGCAUGGCUCUGCAGGCGGCCAUCUUCCUGGCGGUGAUGUCCCUCCGGCUCCCCGUGGCCUGGCUGCUGCUGGGCCGCAUCCUGUCUGGCCUCUCGGGCGACUACAACCUCAUCCUGGCCGCCUCCUUCGCCUACGCGGCCGACGUUAGCGACCGGCGAGGGCGCACUUUCCGCGUGGCCAUCCUGGAGGCCUGCCUCGGCCUGGCGGGGAUGGGCGCCAGCCUCCUGGGCGGGCAGUGGCGCCAUGCCCAAGGCUACGCGGCUCCCUUCUGGCUGGCCCUCUCCGCUAGCCUCGCCGCUGCUCUCUACGCCGCCGUCUGCCUGCGGGAAUCGGUGGCACCCAGGCGGCCUGCCAGGCUCCUCACCCUCCGACAUUACGCCUCCGUCCUGCACCUCUAUGCGCCCGGCGCCCGGGGCUGGGAGUGGCGCAAGCUGCUCCUCUACUCCCUUGCCUUCUUCCUGGUGGUCAGCGUGCAUUUCGGGGCCUCAGACCUGCUGGUGCUGUACGAGCUGAGCACCCCGCUCUGCUGGGGCUCGCAGCUCAUCGGCUACGGCUCGGCUGCUCACUACCUGGCCUACCUAUCCAGCUUGCUGGGGCUGCGCCUGCUGCAGACCUGCCUCGAGGACGGCUGGGUGGCCGAAGCCGGCCUGCUCUCCAACGUCCUGGGCCUGGGGACGAUCGCGCUGGCGAGCACCACGCCCCUGAUGUUCACAGGUGGGAGAGGAGGCGUUGCUGGAGGGUUGGAGAAUGAGGACACCCGGCUGUCAUCUAGCCCAACCCACUGGCCGCGCAGGGGUCGCAGCUAAAGAGUCCCUGGCAGAUGGACACCCGGCCUCUGCUUAAAAACGUUCAGGGAAUGGGAGUCCAUCUCCCAAGCACCUGUGUAGAUUGGGAAGCUGGACCAGAUGGGUUCCUGGCCUGAUCCUGCUGCCGGGCUCUCCGCAUGGAGGCCUACUGUGGGAGCAGAACCUCCAUGCUCGGGGGCAGCCUACCCCUGAAGACCUGACGGUGCAGAACUGAAGAACCGUUGCCCUCGGCUCCUGCUUGUGGGCUUCCCGUGGGGCACCUGGUUGGCCACUGUGGGGACAGGGGGUUGGGCUAGAGGGGCCACUGGCCUGAUCCAUUUCGUUCUGUGCUACGUGCCCUCAAUGCAGAAUUCUGAAUUCCUGCACUGCGGGGGGUGGGACUAGAUGACCCCUGGAUGUGCCUCCACCUCGGGAGAUUAGAAGAUGGGUGGGAAGCGCAAGCGAGGAGAUCACAAGCAGGACCCGAGUGCAACUGCGGCUUUCCCUUUGGGAUAUCUGGUUGGCACAGGGUGCCGUGCUAGAAUCGCAGAAUUGUAGAGUUUGGAGGGAACGCAAGGAUCAUCUAGCCCCCUGCAAUGCAGGAAUCUUUUGGCCCCAUGUGGAACUCGAACCCAGGACCCUGGGAUUAAGCAUCUCCUACCAACAGAGCCCCUUGGGCCUGAUCCAGCAGGCUCUUAUGAUGCUCUUGUGGUACCUCCAGGCCCAGAGGCAGUCUAUCUAGAUUCCUAGAGAGCACUAACUGUGUUCCCCCUCCAGCAUCAGAGACAAUCAGUGCGUCUGGAUGGCAGUUGCUGGGACAUCCAAGAACACUUAAGUUUGCCCCAAACCGAAGUCCGCCAUGUUAGUUCAUUUCAGUGGGUCUCUUCAUUUUCUUUCUCCUCCUUUCCCUGACAGGAUACGGCCUCCUCUUCCUCUCCAUGACUGUCACGCCUGUGAUCCGCUCCAAGUUAUCCAGGCUGGUGGACGAGAAGGAGCAAGGUAAGCAGAGCAAAGGUUCAGUGACCCACAGCCAGAUCACCUGACCCACAAUGCAUUGGGGCAAACAUGGCCGACGGCUAGGACUGAUGGGAAUUGUAGUUCAGGAAUAUCUGGAGGGCCAAAGCUUCCCACUGCUACCAUAAGGACUAGAGACUUAGGAAAAACAAACUCAGAAGUUUCUAGUCCUCGUGGCAGGAGUGGGAAGCUUUGGCCCUCCAGCUGUUACUGAACUACAGCUCCCACCAGCCCCAGCAAGCCUGGCCAGAAGACAGAGAGGAUGGCGGGCGUUGCGGUUCAGCAAUGUCUGGGAAGGGGCAGGGGGUCCCCACUCCUGUCUUGUGGGUGCAAGGAGGCGCUCGGGAGCAUGCCUGCUCAGGUGGCAGAGGGCAGAGAUCCCUUGCCCCACAUCUCUCGUUCUUCUCCCAUGAGCAAAAUACUUAAAUAAUUGCACUGGUAACGAGCUGCAAGAAUCAACGGUUGUGCAUUUACUGGAGAAGCACGAGAUGAGUUUCAGGCGUUGUUUGGGUGGCUGGUGGGAGUCGCUUCCCCAUCAGGCUUGAGGACCUCACCUCACUCCCAAGCACCCCUCCUGGGUAGGCUCCCAAAUCAGCUGACACCUCCCUCUGUGAAGGUCUGGACAUCACAGAACUACAGUUCCCAGCACCCUGGGAAGAGCAGACUCCUUCAUAAGAUGGUCUCUCCUUGACUGGAGAGGUCAGGUGGGCCACCUGUCAGGAAUCCUUGAGCUGCAAUUUCAGCAUUGCAUGGGGUUGGACUAGAGGACCUUUGUGGACCCCUUCCAUCUCUAUGAUUUUAUGAAAACACCCACCGUUUGGGGUUGGGGCAUGCCCCUUGGGUGCCCAUGAGUGCUUCAGCUCUCUGCUCUCCCCUCCAGGCGCUCUCUUUGCUGCCGUGGCCUGCGUGGAAGGUCUCUGCUCGCUGGUGGCCACAGGGGUCUUCAACUCCCUUUACCCCGCCAGCCUCUCCUUCAUGAAAGGCUUCCCCUUCCUCUUUGGGGCCGUCAUCCUCCUCGUUCCAGCCGCCAUCAUCGGGUAAGUCCUCCUCUCUCCAUCUUGACCAUCCUGGCUUCCUGCAUCACACAGUCACCUCAAAACCCCAUAAGAGCUGCCUGGCUGUGAGUCAGGCCAAAGGGAGCCCUAGUGGCAGCUACUCAAACUGCAGCGUGACGACAGCCUUCCGUUGUUAUUUAUAUAGGAAGAAAUGGGAUAAGUGUAUAAGGAUAGCCUGGCUUGUUCAGGCAAAGGGGCCCAUCGAGUGCAGCCUCCUAUUCUCACAGAGGCCAACCAGACGCCCCAGUGGGAAACCCACAAGCAGGAUCUGGGCACAAGAGCAACUCUCCCCUCCUGCGGUUUCCAGCAAGCUGGGAUUCCAGCUGCCUCCAACCAUGGAAGCGAAGCAGAGCCUCCUAGCUAGGAACCCUCCAGAACCCUCUCUUCCUCCAUUAAUUUGUCUAAUCUUCUUUAAAAGCCAUCCAAGUUGUUGGCCAUCCCUGUCUCAUGUGGGAGGGAGUUCCACAGUGUAACUCUGCACUGUGUGAAGAAGUCUCAAAUCUUCCAUCCAUCAGUUUCAUUGGAUCUCCACUAGUUCCAGUGCUGAGAGAGGGAGGGACAGUCUUUUCUAUUCACUUUCACCCUGCAAUGCAGAAUUCUAUAAAUUCCUGUAAUGUCGCCAUUUAAACUAAAAAGUCCCAAAUACCGCAAUUUUUCUUCCACCCCUCUUGAUCCAUUUUCAGAAACAUUUUCCAACUCUGCAAUGUCCUUUUUGAGGUGAGCAACCAGAACUGUUCACAGUAUUCCAAAUGCAGUUGUAUCGUGGCAUUAUAAGAGCUGCCGUUUUAAUUUUUGUUUUCCUAAUGAUGCCUGGCAUGGCAGUCGCCUUUUCCGCAGCUGCUGCACACCCUGGGCUCUAUCGGCUCCAUUCCUCGGAGGUCCUUAACUCUGCCCCUUCUCUCUCUCUCCCCCCUCCCUACCCCAGGUGGAUCGAAAUCCAGGACUCAAAACCCGACUACAGCCACUUUGCCGACAUGCCUGGUCCGCUGCAGGAGGCGGAACAAUGACCAGCUGAACCUGCGUUGCCACCCUUCCGGAAACCAGCAGCUGAUUUCUGCACGUGCCUCUCCAAUGACUUGAAAACAAUUUCCUCUUGGCUCUUCACAUUUGGCCUUUUAAUGUAACUUGGGCGGGGGGUUAACUUUCCUGUGAGACAUGCCUUGAUCUCUGUGUUUCUGGAUUGGGUGUGUCAUGAGGACUAGAACCUUUCUUCAGAUCUGUGGAGCUGGGAGGAGGAAUCCUAGCCAGGGGAGUGAGAGAGUGAGAGUGUGUUAGUGGGCUUUGUGUGUGCCAUUCACAAUGGCUUUUAGGGGAGAUCACAAAGAAAGCCCCCUUUUCUCUCCCACGAAUCUCUUCCUUGCCCGUUCUGGGGUAUCACCUACCCCAGCAGUGGGGAGUAUUUUCCUUUUCCAGUGGUGCAGCUGCUGCUCUUUCCAGCCCAGUCUGUCGCAAGAGGAUUCCCGUCUUCAGGAAACGGAGAGACAGCGAGUUCAUCCCAAGAUAGCAGGCUCCUAGGACGGACUUGGGUGCCAAGGGGGAGGCGGCCCGUCUCUCGAUGACAGCUGGCCCUCCUGUGCCAAGGGAGGGGGUGUCCCCCUCCCACUCAAGUUGGCUUCCCCAUUCGUACUUGGAGGGGAAAUUGCUGGUGGCAAAUUGCUCCCGGACCCACCUGGGUGUGCAUCAAAGGACGUGUGGCAAUAAAGUUGGAGGUGUGUGUUGAUAAAAUGCUCGCUUCUCUCUUUGCCCUUUUGCGGCACGUUGGCACUCUGAGGUGUGCCCAUUGGGGCCCUAAAGAGCGGCCUUGGAGAUGCAUCUCAGCUUGGGGGGGAGGAGGGAGUGUUUUUCCACUCCUUCCCCUGUCCUUCUGCACCGAGAACAGAUAAGAAGGAAGAGCUGGCACUUCAGGAACAUCAUGAGAACAUCAGAAAAGGCUGCUGCGUCAGGUCCAAAGGGGCCCACCGAGUCCAGCGUCCUGUUCUCACAGUGGCUAACAAGAUGCCCCAGUGGGGACCCCCCCACACACAUACACAAGCAGGACCUAAGCGCCCUCUCCCCUCCUGUGAUUUCCAGCCUGUUUGCAUGCAGGAUGAUGAUGAAGAAGAGUUUGGAUUUGAUAUCCCACUUUAUCACUACCCUAAGGAGUCUCAAGGGAUGCAGGUGGCGCUGUGGGUUAAACCACAGAGCCUAGGACUUGCUGAUCAGAAGGUAGACGGUUCGAAUCCUGCGCCGGGGUGAGCUCCCGUUGCUCGGUCCCAGCUCCUGCCAACCUAGCAGUUCGAAAGCACGUCAAAGUGCAAGUAGAUAAAUAGGUACCGUUCCGGCAGGAAGGUAAACGGCGUUUCCGUGUGCUGCUCUAGUUCGCCAGAAGCGGCUUAGUCCUGCUGGCCACAUGACCCGGAAGCUGUACGCUAGCUCCCUCGGCCAAUAAAGUGAGAUGAGCGCUGCAACCCCAGAGUCGGCCACGACUGGACCUAAUGGUCAGGGGUCCCUUUACCUUUUAAGGAGUCUCAAAGCGGCUAACAAUCUCCUUUCCCUUCCUUCCCCACAACAAACACUCUGAGGUGAGUGGGGCUGAGAGACUUCAAAGAAGUGUGACUUGCUCAAGGUCACCCAGCAGCUGCAGGUGGAGGAGCGGGGAAGCGAACCUGGUUCCCCAGGUUACGAGUCCACCGCUCUUAACCACUACACCACACUGGCUCUCAAGGAUGUCCUUGCAGAGCCGCUGCUGCCAGUCAGUGCGGGAAGACCCAGUGGUCUGGCUCAGUACAGAGGCACCUUCCAAGUGACCCAUGAAUCUGGUCCUUAAAAUUGACUGGCAGGGGUGCAAACUGCAAUUAUUGCGGGUCAUCAAGACCAAGGCCCUGAGUGGGGGAACUGGGUGGUGGCUAAGGGGGGACCUUCCCUGGACACUCAGUUACCCAUCUCCCACCCAAGCGCUGCCUUGUCCCCCCCUUCCCGCAAACCUUCCAACUGAAAGGCACCCAUAAUUCAGGAGAACGGCUCACUUGGGCACCUGUGUAAUUGACGCUCCCUUCCAACCCUGCUCGCGUUUCCUCCUGACUCUACAAACUCCACGCCGCUCCAGGACCACGGAGGAGAGUCCACAAGCCUGGCACGGGGAGGAAAGGCUGGGUGCUGGGAUGGCGGCUGAGAGCAGUCCAGUCAGGAAAGCGAAAAGAUAAGAUAUAUAAAAACCAAGAAAGAAGAAGGGGCUGUGUGCAGCCACAGCAAAGCCUGGCUUGUUCUGCUGCUACUCCUAAGGCACACUGGGGUUUCUCCAACAGGUCAGAUGGCUGCCUGUCAGGGAUCCUUUAGCUGCGAUUCCUGCAUUGCAAGAGGGUGGACUAGAUGAGCCUUGGGGGCCCCUUCCAGGACUAGUGAGCAGCCCUGCUCUUUCUCCAUGCCACGCAUAACCUUAUGAACUAUCAUGGCGCCUCUUUCUCACAUCCCCAAUGCUGCAACCUUUUUCACGUUGAGAGUCGUUCCACCCCUUUGGGUGUUUUGCCUGCCCUUUUCUGAACAUCACCUUUUUGAGGACUGUACUGUACACAGUUCUUCAAAUGUGGCCGCACCAUAGAUUUCUAUAAUGACAUCAUGAUCCUGGCCCUUUUGUUUUCAGUUCCUUUCCUAACCAUCCCUUGCAUGGAAUGCGCAUUGUCGCUCGGUCAACCUCACUGAGCUGUCUCUUGGGACCUCAAGUCUGCCACCUGCAAUUCAGGGCCCCAGGAGCAGGUACAUGAAAUUAAGACUUUAACUCUUGUUUGCAUUGAAUUGCAUUUGCCAUUUUGCCACCCAUCCGCUCCAUUUGGAGAGGUCCUUUCGGAGCUCUUUGCAAUCCCUUUUGUGUUUAAACGUCCCUGAACAAUUGAGCAGCCACUUUGCUGCUCCUUCCCAGCUCUAGAUGGUUUAUGAAGGGGUUUGAAAAGCAGUUAUUUCCUAAACCUCUGACUAUUUGCUUAGCUUAAAGAACAGAUGAGCAGACACCUAAGGAAGCUUCUGGAGCCUAGAAUCUGAUAAAUACUUUAAUACAAGAUAAACACUACAAAGCCCACCUUCCCAACAGCGAAGUUAUAACCUAAUUGGUUGAGAAACCAAAAAUCUUACCCAGGCACACAAAGAGUUAAGAGCCUUUGGUGAAAGGCCACUAGGGAGGGAGGAAGUUUGCUGCUCCAACUGUCCUUGCAGGGCAGGCAGCAAGCAGCAUUUUCUUCCGGAGUUUUGCAUAACCUAAUCGGCAUAUCCCAAAGGCAGCCAGCAGGGGGCACCGACUCAGCGGUGGCUGAGCCUGCAAAAGCUGGGGGGGGCAGGGGGUGAGGCCCCUCUCUAGGGCAGUGCAGACUUGGGGACAGAAGCAAAGGGUCACCCUCUUCUUCCCACUCCGACCCACCACCCCCUUCCUCUGCUCCGUUGGGGGGAGCACCUUCCAGUUCCCUAGUUUUGAGGGGGCCCACACUCCAGGCUGUUUUCCGAGCCAGCGGAGGAAUCCCGGGAGGAGCGCCCUUGCAGGAAGGUGCAGAACUGAAGAACCGUUGCCCUCGGCUCCUGCUUGUGGGCUUCCCGUGGGGGCACCUGGUUGGCCACUGUGGGGACAGGGGGUUGGGCUAGAGGGGCCACUGGCCUGAUCCAUUUUGUUCUGUGCUACAUGCCCUAGUGACGGGAGGCAACGUGCCUCUGAAUUCCUGCACUGCGGGGGGUGGGACUAGAUGACCCCUGGAUGUGCCUCCACCUCGGGAGAUUAGAAGAUUCUAUGAGCCCUGGUGGGUGGGAAAUGCAAGCGAGGAGAUCACAAGCAGGACACGAGUGCAACUGCGGCUUUCCCUUUGGGGUAUCUGGUUGGCACAGGAAGCCGUGCCAGAAUCGCAGAAUUGUAGAGUUUGGAGGGAAUGCAAGGAACAUCUUGUUGUUGUUUAGUCGUUUAGUCGUGUCCGACUCUUCGUGACCCCAUGGACCAGAGCACGCCAGGCACUCCUGUCUUCCACUCCCUCCCGCAGUUUGGUCAGACUCAUGUUUGUAGCUUCGAGAACACCGUCCAUCUAUCUCAUCCUCUAUCGUCCCCUUCUUCUUGUGCCCUCCAUCUUUCCCAACAUCAGGGUCUUUUCCAGGGAGUCUUCUCUUCUCAGGAGGUGACCAAAGUAUUGGAGCCUCAGCUUCACGAUCUGUCCUUCCAGUGAGCACUCAGGGCUGAUUUCCUUAAGAAUGGAUAUGUUUGAUCUUCUUGCAGUCCAUGGGACUCUCAAGAGUCUCCUCCAGCACCAGAAUUCAAAAGCAUCCAUUCUUUGGCGAUCAGCCUUCUUGAUGGUCCAGCUCUCACUUCCAUACAUCACUACUGGGAAAACCAUGGCUUUAACUAUACAGACCUUUGUUGGCAAGGUGAUGUCUCUGUUUUUUAAGAUGCUGUCUAGGUUUGCCAUCGCCUUUCUCCCAAGGAGCAAGCAUCUUUAAAUUUCGUGGCUGCUGUCACCAUCUGCAGUGAUCAUGGAGCCCAAGAAAGUAAAAUCUCUCACUGCCUCCAUUUCUUCCCCUUCUAUUUGCCAGGAGGUGAUGGGACCAGUGGCCAUGAUCUUCGUUUUUUUGAUGUUGAGCUUCAGACCAUAUUUUGUGCUCUCCUCUUUCACUCUCAUUAAAAGGUUCUUUAAUUCCUCCUCACUUUCUGCCAUCAAGGUUGUGUCAUCUGCAUAUCUGAGGUUGUUGAUAUUUCUUCCGGCGAACUUAAUUCCGGCUUGGGAUUCAUCCAGCCCAGCCUUUCACAUGAUGAAUUCUGCAUAUAAGUUAAAUAAGCAGGGAGACAAUAUACAGCCUUGCCAUACUCCUUUCCCAAUUUUGAACCAAUCAGUUGUUCCAUAUCCAGUUCUAACUGUAGCUUCUUGACCCACAUAGAGAUUUCUCAGGAGACAGAUGAGGUGAUCAGGCACUCCCAUUCCUUUAAGAACUUGCCAUAGUUUGCUGUGGUCGACACAGUCAAAGGCUUUGCAUAGUCAAUGAAGCAGAAGUAGAUGUCUUUCUGGAACUCUCUAGCUUUCUCCAUAAUCCAGCGCAUGUUUGCAAUUUGGUCUCUGGUUCCUCUGCCUCUUCUAAAUCCAGCUUGCACUUCUGGGAGUUCUCGGUCCACAUACUGCUUGAGCCUUCCUUGUAGAAUUUUAAGCAUAACCUUGCUAGCGUGUGAAAUGAGUGCAAUUGUGUGGUAGUUGGAGCAUUCUUUGGCACUGCCCUUCUUUGGGAUUGGGAUGUAGACUGAUCUUCUCCAAUCCUCUGGCCACUGCUGAGUUUUCCAAAUUUGCUGGCAUAUUGAGUGUAGCACCUUAACGGCAUCAUCUUUUAAAAUUUUAAAUAGUUCAGCUGGAAUAUCAUCACUUCCACUGGCCUUGUUAUUAGCAGUGCUUUCUAAGGCCCAUUUAACUUCACUCUCCAGGAUGUCUGGCUCAAGGUCAGCAACCACACUACCUGGGGUGUACGAGUCAUCCAUUUCUUUCUGGUAUAAUUCCUCUGUGUAUUCUUGCCACCUCUUCUUGAUGUCUUCUGCUUCUGUUAGGUCCUUUUCACUUUUGUCUUUUAUUAUGGUAAUCUUUGUACGAAAUGUUCCUUUCAUAUCUCCAAUUUUCUUGAACAGAUCUUUGGUUUUUCCCAUUCUAUUGUUUUCCUCUAUUUCUUUGCAUUGCUUGUUUAAGAAGGCCUUCUUGUCUCUCCUUGCUAUUUUUUGGAAUUCUGCAUUCAAUUUCCUGUAUCUUUCACUAUCUGCCUCGCAUUUUGCUUGCCUUCUCUCCCCCGCUAUUUGUAAGGCCUCGUUGGACAGCCACUUUGCUUUCUUGCAUUUCCUUUUCAUUGGGAUGGUUUUCGUUGCUGCCUACUGUAUAAUGUUACGAGCCUCCAUCCAUAGUUCUUCAGGCACUCUGUCCACCAAAUCUAAAUCCUUAAACCUGUUCCUCACUUCCGCUGUAUAUUCAUAUGGGAUUUGACUUAGAUUGUAUCUUACCGGCUCAGUGGUUUUUCCUACUUUCUUCAGUUUAAGCUUGAAUUUUGCUAUAAGAAGCUGAUGAUCUGAGCCACAGUCAGCUCCAGGUCUUGUUUUUGCUGACUGUAUAGAGCUUCUCCAUCUUUGGCUGCAGAGAAUAUAAUCAAUCCGAUUUCGAUGCUGCCCAUCUGGCGAUGUCCAUGUGUAGAGUCGUCUCUUGUGUUGUUGGAAAAGAGUGUUUGUGAUGACCAGCUUGUUCUCUUGGCAGAACUCUAUUAGCCUUUGCCCUGCUUCGUUUUGAACUCCAAGGCCAAACUUGCCAGUUGUUCCUUUUAUCUCUUGACUCCCUACUUUAGCAUUCCAAUCCCCUAUAAUGAGAAGAACAUCCUUCUUUGGUGUCAUUUCUAUAAGGUGUUGUAAGUAUUCAUAGAAUUGGUCAAUUUCAGUUUCUUCAGCACCAGUGGUUGGUGCAUAAACUUGGAUUACUGUGAUGUUAAAAGGUCUGCCUUGGAUUCGUAUCGAGAUCAUUCUAUCAUUUUUGAGAUUGCAUCCCAGUACAGCCUUUGCCACUCUUUUGUUGACUAUGAGGGCCACUCCAUUUCUUUUACAGGAUUCUUGCCCACAGUAGUAGAUAUGAUGGUCAUCCGAACUGAAUUCGCCCAUUCCCGUCCAUUUUAGUUCACUGAUGCCCAGGAUGUCAAUAUUUAUUCUUGCCAUCUCAUUUUUGACCACAUCCAACUUACCAAGGUUCAUGGUUCUUACAUUCCAGGUUCCUAUGCAAUAUUUUUUCUUUACAGCAUUGGACUUUCCUUUCGCUUCCAGGCAUAUCCGCAACUCAGCGUCCUUUCGGCUUUGGCCCAGCCGCUUCAUCAGCUCUGGAUCUACUUGUACUUGUCCUCCGCUCUUCCUCAGUAGCAUGUUGGACGCCUUCCGACCUGAGGGGCUCACCUUCCAGCAUCAUAACUUUUUGGUGCCUGUUGUCUUUGUCCAUGGAGUUUUCUUGGCAGGGAUACUGGAGUGGCUUGCCGGUUCCUGCUCCAGGUGGAUCACGUUUGGUCAAAACUCUCCACUAUGACCUGUCCAUCUUGGGUGGCCCUGCACGGCAUAGCUCAUAGCUUCUCUGAGUUAUUCAAGCCCCUUCGCCACGGCAAGGCAGUGGAACAUCUAGCCCCCUGCAAUGCAGGAAUCUUUUGGCCCCACGUGGAACUCGAACCCAGGACCCUGAGAUUAAGCAUCUCCUACCAACAGAGCCCAUUGGGCCUGAUCCAGCAGGCUCUUAUGACACUGUUGUGGAACCUCCAGGCCCAGAGGCAGUCUAUCUAUAUUCCUAGAGAGCACUAACUGUGUCCCCCCUCCAGCGUCAGAGACAAUCAGUGCAUCUGGAUGGCAGCUGCUGGGACAUCCAAGUUUGCCCCAAACCGAAGUCCAGCAUGUUAGUUCAUUUCAGUGGGUCUCUUCAUUUUCUUUCCCCGACAGGAUAUGGCCUCCUUUUCCUCUCCAUGACUGUCACGCCUGUGAUCCGCUCCAAGUUAUCCAGGCUGGUGGACGAGAAGGAGCAAGGUAAGCAGAGCAAGGGUUCAGUGACCCACAGCCAGAUCACCUGACCCACAAUGCAUUGGGGCAAACAUGGCCGACGGCUAGGACUGACGGGAAUUGUAGUUCAGUAAUAUCUGGAGGGCCAAAGCUUCCCACUGCUACCAUAAGGACUAGAGACUUAGGAAAAACAAACUCAGAAGUUUCUAGUCCUCGUGGCAGGAGUGGGAAGCUUUGGCCCUCCAGCUGUUACUGAACUACAGCUCCCACCAGCCCCAGCAAGCCUGGCCAGAAGACAGAGAGGAUGGUGGGCGUUGCGGUUCAGCAAUGUCUGGGAAGGGGCAGGGGGUCUCCACUCCUGUCUUGUGGGUGCAAGGAGGCGCUCGGGAGCAUGCCUGCUCAGGUGGCAGAGGGCAGAGAUCCCUUGCCCCACAUCCCUCGUUCUUCUCCCAUGAGCAAAAUCCUUAAAUAAUUGCACUGGUAACGAGCUGCAAGAAUCAGCGGUUGUGCAUUUACUGGAGAAGCACGAGGUGAGUUUCAGGCGUUGUUUGGGUGGCUGGUGGGAGUCGCUUCCCCAUCAGGCUUGAGGACCUCACCUCACUCCCAAGCACCCCUCCUGGGUAGGCUCCCAAAUCAGCUGACACCUCCCUCUGUGAAGGUCUGGACAUCACAGAACUACAGUUCCCAGCACCCUGGGAAGAGCAGACUCCUUCAUAAGAUGGUCUCUCCUUGACUGGAGAGGUCAGGUGGGCCACCUGUCAGGAAUCCUUGAGCUGCAAUUUCAGCAUUGCAUGGGGUUGGACUAGAGGACCUUUGGGGACACCUUCCAUCUCUAUGAUUUUAUGAAAACACCCACCGUUUGGGGUUGGGGGCACGCCCCUUGGGUGCCCAUGAGUGCUUCAGCUCUCUGCUCUCCCCUCCAGGCGCUCUCUUUGCUGCCGUGGCCUGCGUGGAAGGUCUCUGCUCGCUGGUGGCCACAGGGGUCUUCAACUCCCUUUACCCCGCCAGCCUCUCCUUCAUGAAAGGCUUCCCCUUCCUCUUUGGGGCCGUCAUCCUCCUCGUUCCAGCCGCCAUCAUCGGGUAAGUCCUCCUCUCUCCAUCUUGACCAUCCUGGCUUCCUGCAUCGCACAGUCACCUCAAACCCCAUAAGAGCUGCCUGGCUGUGGCUGAGUCAGGCCAAAGGGAGCCCUAGUGGCAGCUACUCAAACUGCAGCGUGACGACAGCCUUCCGUUGUUAUUUAUAUAGGAAGAAAUGGGAUAAGUGUAUAAGGAUAGCCUGGCUUGUUCAGGCAAAGGGGCCCAUCGAGUGCAGCCUCCUAUUCUCACAGAGGCCAACCAGACGCCCCAGUGGGAAACCCACAAGCAGGAUCUGGGCACAAGAGCAACUCUCCCUCCUGCGGUUUCCAGCAAGCUGGGAUUCCAGCUGCCUCCAACCAUGGAAGCGAAGCAGAGCCUCCUAGCUAGGAACCCUCCAGAACCCUCUCUUCCUCCAUUAAUUUGUCUAAUCUUCUUUAAAAGCCAUCCAAGUUGUUGGCCAUCCCUGUCUCAUGUGGGAGGGAGUUCCACAGUGUAACUCUGCACUGUGUGAAGAAGUCUCAAAUCUUCCAUCCAUCAGUUUCAUUGGAUCUCCACUAGUUCCAGUGCUGAGAGAGGGAGGGACAGUCAUUUCUAUUCACUUUCACCCCGCAAUGCAGAGUUCUAUAAAUUCCUGUAAUGUCGCCAUUUAAACUAAAAAGUCCCAAACACCGCAAUUUUUCUUCCACCCCUCUUGAUCCAUUUGGGUUGCCCUUUUCAGAAACAUUUUCCAACUCUGCAAUGUCCUUUUUGAGGUGAGCAACCAGAACUGUUCACAGUAUUCCAAAUGCAGUUGUAUCGUGGCAUUAUAAGAGCUGCCGUUUUAAUUUUUGUUUUCCUAAUGAUGCCUGGCAUGGCAGUCGCCUUUUCCGCAGCUGCUGCACACCCUGGGCUCUAUCGGCUCCAUUCCUCGGAGGUCCUUAACUCUGCCCCUUCUCUCUCUCUCCCCCCUCCCUACCCCAGGUGGAUCGAAAUCCAGGACUCAAAACCCGACUACAGCCACUUUGCCGACAUGCCUGGUCCGCUGCAGGAGGCGGAACAAUGACCAGCUGAACCUGCGUUGCCACCCUUCCGGAAACCAGCAGCUGAUUUCUGCACGUGCCUCUCCAAUGACUUGAAAACAAUUUCCUCUUGGCUCUUCACAUUUGGCCUUUUAAUGUAACUUGGGCGGGGGGUUAACUUUCCUGUGAGACAUGCCUUGAUCUCUGUGUUUCUGGAUUGGGUGUGUCAUGAGGACUAGAACCUUUCUUCAGAUCUGUGGAGCUGGGAGGAGGAAUCCUAGCCAGGGGAGUGAGAGAGUGAGAGUGUGUUAGUGGGCUUUGUGUGUGCCAUUCACAAUGGCUUUUAGGGGAGAUCACAAAGAAAGCCCCCUUUUCUCUCCCACGAAUCUCUUCCUUGCCCGUUCUGGGGGUAUCACCUACCCCAGCAGUGGGGAGUAUUUUCCUUUUCCAGUGGUGCAGCUGCUGCUCUUUCCAGCCCAGUCUGUCGCAAGAGGAUUCCCGUCUUCAGGAAACGGAGAGACAGCGAGUUCAUCCCAAGAUAGCAGGCUCCUAGGACGGACUUGGGUGCCAAGGGGGAGGCGGCCCGUCUCUCGAUGACAGCUGGCCCUCCUGUGCCAAGGGAGGUGGUGCCCCCCUCCCACUCAAGUUGGCUUCCCCAUUCGUACUUGGAGGGGAAAUUGCUGGUGGCAAAUUGCUCCCGGACCCACCUGGGUGUGCAUCAAAGGACGUGUGGCAAUAAAGUUGGAGGUGUGUGUUGAUAAAA